GCGAAACCGAACCGGAGACAGACACGACGAGCUGCCCGAUUCCUUCCCCACAUCCAUCGUCAAAAGGAGAAGAGAGAGAGAGAGAGGAGCAAACCCUAGCUCCAGCUUGCCUCCUACUCCGCCAUCAUCCAGAUCCGGCCGGUGCGUGCGAUGGCGCUGCGCGUUCUGGCCCGUAAGCUGAGGUUCCCUGCCACGUCCGUUCUCCAGCGGGCGUCGACCCCCGUGGUGUCGCCGCCGGCGAGCUCCCGACUUCUCACCUCCCACUCCUCUCAGAGUGGAGGAGCCAAGAGAGCAGUGAAUGAGACCAGGAAUGCUCGACCAAGGUGGAGGAAUUACAAGAAACUGGAGAAGCGUUUUUUGCGCGAUAUGGAGAAGGACAUGAAGAAUUUCAAGGAGCUUUCAUUAGCUAUGGACAACUUGCCAAGGAAUGUUGUACUCACUUCCUCUGUUGGUCUUGCGGUUUUGACAACCGGCUGGGCGUAUGCCAUUGGUGUUUUCGAUUGGAACAGAAUGGGGGACAGUGAACCUUCGGAUCAACAAGGUGUUGUGUAGACGCACCCCAUGAAUAAUCUAUGAGACUUUUAUAUUUAUGUAAGAGAAAUGAAAUGGUGCGGACAAGGAGAAGACUGUAUGCUUGUUAAGUAAGGCCUUGUUUAGAUCCAAAAUUUUUUCUGUUUUUGACACUAGCAAUUUCGUUUUUAUUUGACAAACCUUGUCCAAUCAUGGAGUAACUAGACUCAAAAAUUUAAUUGGAUGUUUGACUGUUUGGUUUGUGGAAUGAAGCUAUCUAUCACAAUUUCACUA